CCACUUAUACCCGUACUAUCCCAGGAAGAGUAAAACAAAGUUUAGCCAAUCAAGUCGAAAUACAGGCAACGGGAUUGGGUCACAUGUUUACGGCCAACGGAUGUUAGGGAGUCCUACGGCUUGGCAUGUACCUCCCCGCUCUUAGUUUUGGGAAAAGGGAACUAAUUAGGUACAUACCUGUUUGAAGGAUUCAUCAGCCCUUCUUCCUUCUACUUCUCGUUAAGGCUUGCUUACCAAUACCGUAUCAUCUUCCCGCCUGAGUCCCUUUAUGAACCUUCUUCCAUUACAACAAAUACCCUGUGCGUCGUGUUAGUAAAAAAAGAUAAAAAUAAAUAAAAAAGAAAGAAAGAAGGAAAGAAGGAAAGAAACAUGGCUCCCGCUGAUCGCCCCGCCGUCGUUGUGGAGCGUCCCACGACCUCGGACGUCCCGGAGCUGGUGGCGAUCUGGUGGGACGCCUUCGGCGCCGAAGCCCUGCAGCGCAUCUUCCCGCAGACCCCCGACGGCAGGCGCUUCAUCGAGCGCUCCUUCGAGAAGUUCCUCGGCCCCGCCCCGGGGCCCGGCGAGAUCAGGACGGAGUGUCUCGUCGUGCGCAGCCCGGAUACUGGCGUCCCCGCUUCCAUGGCUAUAUACCACAUCGUCCCGGAGGGUUGUAGCGCGGCUAAGCGGGCGUGGCGCGCGAGGUGGCCCGCGUUUGAUGACCUGUCGGACUUAAGCGAUGCCGUCCUGAACGGUUUCUUCAGCCCUAUGGAGAAGGCGCAUGAGCAUGUUGUAGGCGACCGCGGUCAUGUCUUUUUGGAGGUACUUGCGACGAAGAAGCAAUUUCAGAAGAAAGGUUACGGCACCGCGCUGCUUAGACGGGGAAAUGAUUUGGCUGACCAGCUGGGUGUCGAGUGCUAUCUGGAUGCCAGUGUUGUCGGGAAGCCACUGUAUGAGGCCAACGGUUAUGUAGAGCGAGACGUGUCUGCCGUUGUAGAGAAGCAGGUGUCCGCAUCAAUGUUGCGUCCCAAGAAGAUUCAAGGUUGAUACAUAUGAAACUAUGGCGAUGCCUAAUGGACAUAGGUUGAUACUGGAACUUAGAUAAACAACCGGUACCUCUAUCAUAGAAAUAACAUAACAGGAACC